GUUUGACUCCUUUAAUUUUCUGCUUAUCUAAACUCAUGGAUACUAGUAAUCUUCCUCUGUAUAAGCGAGAAAUAAUGUAGGCAAGAAAUACUUUUCUCAUCUUCAACUGAAGAAUUCAGAGCCUUUCGUGUCCGUCCUGUUUUUAACUUUUAAGAGCCAGAACAUCUUAGCCCUCUCCUCCAUUCCCACCAGAGUACACGAAUGAAUAAAGCCCCACAGGAGCACGUUCACCUCCCGAAAGGAAAAAAAACCGACGCCGCCACAGCCAAGACCCCAAAACCCAAGACACCGCCGCCAUUCAGUCCCAAGCACCACCUUCAAGCCCCGCCCCCCACACCCCCAACAGAGUCCGGCGUCGGCGCAAGGCGAUGACGUGAGUCGCACGCGCCCAAGCCUCGAAAGAGGAGCUUCCGCCUCUGCCUCUGGGAGUUGAAGUUUCCAAAGGAAUACUCGCGAGCGAGAUAAAGACCACUUCAGGAGGGCCUUCUGAGCCUGCUCCACAUAUCCCACCCACUCUUCGGACAGUUUUUCAGAGACACCAUAUAAUGUCAUCUGAAACCUCACCAGAUUUUAUUGAGACUUCUGUUGCUGAAAGAAAGCAAGACUUAAAUGAAGAUCAGCAAAAGGAGAGACAGAAACCAAGAGUGAAUGAAGGGGUUGAGCCAGUAUCUAAACGACGAAUGAAGAAGCUCAUGAAGCAGAAGCAAUGGGAGGAACAACGAGAACUCCGCAAACAAAAGCGGAAGGAAAAACGCAAGAGAAAGAAGUUAGAACGACAGUGCCAAAUGGAGUCAAACUCAGAUGGAAAUGACAGGAAACGUGCUCGAAGACAAGUUGUUCACAGCACGCUCCGCCUUAUCAUCGACUGUAGUUUCGAUAAUUUGAUGGUCUUAAAGGAUAUUAAGAAACUCCAUAAGCAGAUUCAGAGAUGUUAUGCAGAAAACCGAAGAGCGCUGCAUCCUGUGCAGUUUUACUUGACAAGCCAUGGAGGCCAGUUGAAAAAGAACAUGGAUGACAAUGACAAAGGAUGGGUCAACUGGAAGGAUAUCCACAUCAAACCAGAGCACUAUAGUGAACUCAUAAAAAAAGAAGACCUGGUCUAUCUUACAUCAGAUUCCCCUAACAUCCUGCACGAAUUAGAUGAGUCAAAGGCCUAUGUGAUUGGAGGUUUGGUAGAUCACAACCAUCACAAGGGUUGCACGUAUAAACAAGCAUCAGAUUAUGGGAUUGAUCAUGCCCAGCUUCCCCUCGGAAAUUUUGUGAAGAUGAAUAGUCGGAAAGUUCUGGCGGUUAAUCAUGUAUUUGAGAUUAUUCUGGAAUACCUACAAACAAGAGAUUGGCAAGAAGCAUUUUUUACUAUCUUACCCCAGCGGAAAGGAGCUGUUCCCACAGACCAAGCCUGUGGCAGUUCUCCCCAGGGCCAGCAGGCUACCAGAGCUGAAGGUGGAUCGGACAGUGAGGGGGAAUACAGCAGGAAGGAACCGGAUUCACCACAUUCAGAGGAAACGCAGGAUGAGGAGACCCACUGAGUCUGCAGUGACUGCCACACCAACACCACUGGUUCCCUUUGCUCUUGUGAUGCAUUAGGAAGUGACAAGCGAGGCACAUCACAGAACAGUCACCUUGGAACAGAAUGUUAUUUUCUCUUAUUUAUGUUGUGAAUUUAAAACUUUUUUUGAAAUAAAUAACAAAAAGGCCUUUAUACUUUUAAUAAUUUUUUAAGAAUUAAGAUUUAAACACAUAUAUGUUUUUUGUUAAGAUUUGAAAAAGAGUUUUAGAAAAUUUUGCUUUAUUACUUUCAUGCAGUAGUGUACCUUCAUUUUCUUUCAUUUAGUGGAAUAUAUUCUCCAGAAUGUGCCUUCUGACCUUCAGUUUUAUUAUUUUAUGUUCAGAUCAACACCUGAUCCAUGGCCUGUUUAUUUGUGAGGGCAGAUACUCAUAAACAUACUGGAAGUGUAUUAGAAUGUUGUAUAGGGGAGUUACCCUCUAUUUGCAGCUCUCAUUUUCAGCUUAGGUACUGCAAAGAAAUACCAUAACUCUGGGAAGAAAUGCAGUUUUCUAGACACAACUUCAUCUCCUCGGAGCUGUGGAGCCCUACCUGUGCCUACUUUGUACUGUCUCUCAUGGAAAUAACCACACAGAGUUGAGAAUCUCUUUAAUACAUUCUCUUAAUUUCUAUAAUGCUAAUAAAUUACUUCAGUUAUACAGCUGAGUGUUGGCUAGAUUAUAAGGCUGCUACUUUUGAAGGAUCAAUUUCAUCUUUACUGAAUUUAAAAUAAAACAGAUCUUAGCUAUCCUUUCCUUCUAUUUUUUUUUUAAUAAAAUAUUUGUUGGCUUUUAAGGUGAAUAUUGUGCAGCUGCUUCAUCAUAUAGUAAUACUCAAACUAAUGUUUCCGUUUCUGUAACAGACAUGUGAAAGUGGACACAUAAUUGUACUUACAUAUUUGUCCCUUUCAUGCAUGGUUCUCAGUUACUAGGUGUGAUACCUACCAGGACUUACUUGCAUUUGUGUGAAUGGUUGUGUCAAACACUAAGAAUAGUUUGAAUCUUAUGAAGUGCAAACAUCUACCACUGAACAUUUGUUUGGAGUUAUUGGCAGGGGAGGAUGUGUGGGAGACCAGUAAAGGGGAAUUGCGGCCUAAUUGGCCUCCUCAGUGAGCACACAUGAGAAACAUGCAGAAAUAACAGCAGGUUCUAGGGAAAAGUCAAUACAGCUGAGAUAAAUUCUUUACCAGAGCAUGUGCUAAUGAAUAUUGGAAAGUCCCUGAAUCUUGUGUUACUUUAAUUGCUUGUACCUGUGUCUGAGUAAAUAGAUGCUCAAGGCUAGUCUGCCCACUAGAGGCUCCCUGGCUGGCCACAUGUUAAACUAACCAUGUCUGUUUCUCUUUCAUCAUUGUUUGCCCCCAGGUCAGGGGUGACAAACUAGCCAGACUGGGUCCCUACAGUGGUGCCUGGGUGGGGAAAGAACGGAGCUGGUUCCCCAUGGGUGGCUCAUGGGUAGGGAGCUGGGACCAGUGUAGACCAGUGCUGCUAAAAGGAAACUGUUUUAGUUUGAAAUCAAUAAGAGGAGAAUUAUGUUUAACAUAAAGUGUCAUUAGCCACAGCUGAAAUAAAAUUUCAGGAGCCUUCACUGAGUUUUGUCAAAAUAAGUUUCUAUUCUUUUCUAUUUUCUUUAAAAAAUACUUAAAAGUUAUAUUUAAACAGAUGAGUUUUAGUACAUACAUGUUAUAUACAACUUACAUAUAUACAUUUAUUGGGUUUAGUAUUGGUGUUUACUGGCUCUUAAUUUUUGUUGCUUUUUUCUCAGUACCUAUUAUAGUUACCCAUUUAAAAGUAAGGUCUGAAAGCCAGGUAGCCCUGCACUUCUUAAAGAAGAAAGUUUGUUGCAAGUUUUAUUUUUCAAAGGUUCAGACUUUUGUAAGUAUGGUUUACUAACAUGGAAUAAUGUCUUUUUUAAUUUAAAUUAUUUUAUGUACAGUAGGGCAGUGUAUAAUUAUUAAAGGUGAAGGAAAUCAU